UGCUCACUCGGUGCCGCUGCGCCGCAGAAACGCCGCCGCCAACCUAGAUUUCACCAGGGCUGGAUACGGCAGCCCUUUGGGGGAAAAAAGCUUACCUUUUCUGUGGGCUUUGCUUUGCCCGUGGUUCUGUAGACACAACUGAGGUGGUAAUUAUUAGCGUCUUCAUUCUGUUGCUGCCUGGGAGUAGGAGGAGGCUUGAGGCCGGCGCCGAUUUCGGGCUGACUGGGGCCUGCGCCCGGCAAGACCCCGCCGCUACCCGGAUGUUGCGAUGGCUGAUCGGGGGAGGCCGGGAACCUCAGGGCCUGGCCGAGAAAUCUCCUUUACAGACAAUAGGUGAAGAGCAAACCCAGAAUCCCUACACUGAACUGCUUGUACUGAAAGCUCAUCAUGAUAUUGUACGAUUUCUGGUACAGUUAGAUGACUACAGAUUUGCAUCUGCUGGUGAUGAUGGAAUUGUAGUUGUGUGGAAUGCUCAGACAGGAGAAAAACUUUUGGAACUCCAUGGACACACACAAAAGAUAACAGCUAUUACUACAUUUCCUUCCUUGGAAGCUUGUGAAGAAAAAAAUCAACUGAUCUUGACAGCCUCUGCUGAUAGAACAGUUAUUGUAUGGGAUUGUGAUACUGGCAGACAAGUUCGGAAAGUACCAUGUUUGCAGUCUACUGUAAAGUGUUUAACUGUUCUUCGGAGACUAGAUGUUUGGCUGUCUGGUGGAAAUGACCUGUGUGUGUGGAACCAAAAAUUAGAUCUCCUGUGUAAGACUCAUCACCUUUCUGAUACAGGGAUCAGUGCUUUGAUUGAAAUACCUAAGAACUGUGUUGUGGCAGCAGUCAGCAAAGAACUGAUAAUUUUCAAGUUGAUAGCACCCACAGAAGGAGCACUAAAAUGGGAUAUUCUAGAAGUUAAACGUCUCCUUGAUCACCAGGAUAAUAUUCUUUCAUUGGUUAAUGUCAAUGAUUUGAGUUUUGUAAGUGGCUCCCAUGUUGGAGAGCUGAUCAUCUGGGAUAUCCUGGACUGGACUGUGCAGGCCUGUGAACACAACUUCUGGGACCCAUCUCCACAGCUGGACACCCAGCAAGAAAUAAAACUCUGUCAAAAACCAAAUGACAUUUCUAUUCAUCAUUUCACAUGGGAUGAAGAGAAUGUAUUUGCUGCAGUUGGAAGGGGUUUAUAUGUGUAUAACCUUCAGAUGAAGUGUGUGAUUGCCUGCCAGAAAACUGCACAUGACUCCAGUGUCCUGCACGUUGCCAAGCUUCCAAACAGGCAGUUAAUCUCAUGCUCAGAAGAUGGCAGUGUACGCAUUUGGGAAUUACGAGAGAAACAACAGCUUGCUGCUGAACCUGUACCAACAGGUUUUUUUAACAUGUGGGGGUUUGGAAGAGUGAAUAAACAAGCUAGCCAACCUGUUAAAAAGCAACAAGAAAAUGCCACUUCAUGUUCUCUAGAGCUUAUUGGAGAUUUGAUUGGACACUCAUCAUCUGUGGAGAUGUUUCUAUACUUUGAAGAUCAUGGACUAGUGACAUGCUCUGCUGAUCAUCUUAUUAUUUUGUGGAAAAAUGGAGAACGAGAAUCUGGAUUGCGUAGUUUAAAAUUAUUUCAGAAAUUAGAGGAGAAUGGUGACUUAUAUCUUACUGUCUAGCAUAAGGAAAUUGAAUAUGUGUGCAUGAACUUUGAACAUCAACUAUGCGGUAAUACUCUGAAAACUAUUAACAUAUUGCUCACUUAAGUUUGUAGUGUAUUUUUUUUUUCUUGUCACUCCAUAAAAUUCCAAUUGUUUGAAUUCUUUUUUGCAUAUCUACAAACCAGCAACAAAUUGCUUUUUUGGUAUUAGUACAUCCACCAAAGAAGAUACCAGAAAUUCAGUUUUUUUAAGUUCUUUCAUUUAGCCUUUUUGGAUUUUGAAAUAUGUGAGUCCAUAAAAUUCUUUAACUAUACCCAUUCAUUCUUUUAAAAAUUUAUUUAAGGAACCAAAUAUACAUGAUACUCAUAGAAGAUAUUUGGGGAGAAAAAUGAAAAACCCACUGAAGAAUGGGUAGAAUAUAGCACAUCUUGAAUUUAGACCUUGAAAACUGACCCUUCCUUCUCUGGAGCAAUGAAGAUUGCAUAAUAACCGCACUCUGUGCUGUUGUUAAAGUGGUGAGUGCUGUGUUUUAAGCAUAAUUUGAACCUGGGUGGAGGUGGAAAUAGAACUUCUGAUGAAUGCCACAACUUUGCUGUUAUCUCUGCCUUCUAUUCUUCAGUUUUCUUCAGCGUCUGUUUGAUUAAAUAUAUAUUUAUCACAA